GGCUUUUUCGUCAUCAUUUAAUUACACGCCAUCAUCAGCUGAUAUUAGCAGCAUCAUAUCAAUAGACCUAUUAUCUAUUUUCCCGCCAAACUUUUUCUAAUUUUCUAAUUGUAUUAUUUCAAACAAAAACAAUAGGAUGCCAUCUUGUCCUUCUUUUUGUCAUUCCGGCAGUAAUGAAGAUGAUGAACCAAAAGAGGGUGAAUCAUUCAGUAAACUCGAUUAUAAUUCUGAUGAUGAUCGUGAACCAGAAGAUGCCAAGUAUAAACCAAAUUUUAAUGAAGCCACCAAGUAUAAUCCUCAAAUUACUCGUGUAAAGAAAAAGGGACGUUUUCCUACUGAUAUACCUUGUUUAAUAUUAUUUGUUUUAUAUUGUCUUGGUAUGAUUGCUAUUGCAGUCAUUGCUUUCAAAUACGGAACACCAAGCAAAUUGUAUUAUGGUACGGAUUAUAUGGGAAGAACUUGCGGACAAGACAACAAGAAUGAAUCUGCAAAUGUAAUUAAAAUACCUUAUGAUAUCGAUUGUAUUAAUUCUGAUAGUGGAAAGAAUACUACAGCCAUGGCUUUGUGUGAACAGAAAGUAAAGCCAUUGAAGACUGAUCUUAGUUCUCAGGCUUAUUUGUGGUUUAUGGAAGUUUUGGAUCCGUUCUAUUAUGGUGGUAUUUGUGUGAGCUAUUGUCCUGGAUUGAGAUCUACAGGUGAUACUAUUUUGGAACUUUUGAACAGAACUGCUGAUUGUCCACCAGAAUUAACUACAUCAUCAUAUGAACUUGCUGGUUUUGACAUUCCAUUUUUGAGUUAUUGUAGUGCCAAGAGAGUAGAUAGAGAUGAGAUUUUCCCUGUCAAUGACAUUACAAAAGCUGUUUCAACACAAUUGACUUAUUAUGAUGUUGUGAAUAGAUGUGUUCCUACUAUCAGUCUUACCAACACAAGUGCAAGUCAAAUUAUUGAUACAAUUUCCAAGUUGAAAUUGGGUGGAAAUUAUUCUUCAAUUAUUGAUGAAGCCAGUAAUGUAGUAAGCACUUUCUGGGAUGAUAUCACACGAGGUUGGAAAGUAUUGUUUGCUGCCCUUCUUAUUGCCAUGAUUCUCGGUUUUGCUACUUUGCUUUUCAUUAGAAUUUUCUCUGGUGUUGUUGUCUAUCUUACCUUAAUUAUUUGCGUUUUAUCUUUCCUUGGAUUGGGUGCUUUCAUGACCUACUAUGGUUACACUCAAAGUCAAGUAAUGAAAUUGAAGGGGCUUUCAACCACUGUUUCUCAAGUUAUUUUAUGGUGUGGUGUUGCUUCAAUGGCAAUUGGUUUAUUAAUUGCUAUUGUUUCUGCUAUUUUCAUUAUGAGAAUUAGAAGAGCUAUUGGUAUUAUUCAAGAAAGCUCCAAGUCUAUCAUGUACAUGCCACAGGUUCUCAUUAUGCCAAUUAUUUUUGCUAUUAUUAUUGGUCUUUUUGCUGCUUAUUGGUGUGUUGUCAGUAUCUUCUUGUACUCUUCAGGAGAUACUCAUAUUUCAGGAGGUGCUGUGAAAUAUACAAUGACCACCUGGACUAGAGCAAUUUUCGCAUAUCACAUCUUUGGUGGUUUAUGGAUUUUAGCAUUUAUUCAAGCAGCUGAAUUUUUAUCUUUGAGUGGUGCUAUUGCCUCUUGGUAUUGGAGAAGAGAAAAGAGAUUCGUUUUGGGUAUGCCAGUUGUCAGAGCUUUUGUAAGAACAGCCGUUUUCCAUCUUGGUACUGCUGCUUUUGGUUCAUUGAUUGUUGCUAUUAUUCAAAUGUUAAGAUUGAUCUUUGAAAAGAUUCAAAGAGAAUUGGAAACAGCCUCUAAGGGUAAUCGUAUUGUUAAGGGAUGUGGUUGGUAUGUCAGAGCAGUCUUGUGGAUUAUUGAAAAGAUUAUCAAAUUCUUGAACAGACAAGCUUACGUUCAAUGUGCCAUGUAUGGUACUGGCUUCCUUACAUCUGCAAAGAAUGCCUUCUUAUUGAUGAUUAGAAAUCCAAUUCAAAUGUCUAUUACUCAAAGUUUGAGUACAGCUGUUUUGGUUCUUUCCAAAUUAGCUGUUUCUGCCUUGACAUGCCUUUUCACAUACGGUAUUGCUGCAAAGACUACCUUCCUUAACACUGAUCAAAAGGAAAUUUCAAAUCCAAUCUUCUUGGCUGCUAUUGCUUUUAUUAUUGGUUUCGCAGUAGCUAGUUUGUUCUGCGUUAUUAUCCAAUGUGCUAUUGAUACUGUUUUACAAUGCUUCUUGAUUGAAAUGGAAAUGAGAACCAAUGAUCCGACCAUUCCUCGUUUCUGUACUAAGAGUUUGAAUAGAUUCAUUGAAGAGAAUAUCAAGAUAGAACAACUCAGUAGCUGUAUUUGUCCUCUCUGUUGUUGCUUUACUUGUUCAUGUUGUGGACAUGAAGGAGGAAAAGGUGUUGCCCCUCCAGUUGCUUCAGGAGGUAACGUUGCCACUCCAAAUGUUUAAUAAAUCGAUAGCCAAAGUUCUUGG